AUGCCGAUUGCAUACAUGUUUGAUGAGGAGGUUGGCCUGUUCCACUACGGGCCUAGGCAUCCAAUGAAGCCAUUUAGAAUAGCUGUCACACACUCUCUGGUAAGAUCGUUUGGCCUUGAUAAGAAGAUGACUGUGCUUGCUCCACAGACAUGUCCUCUCACGUAUCAUCCAAAAGAUUAUCUUGACGGCCUUGGCACGAAUGAAACAUCAGAUUGCCCAAACUUUAUUGGGCUUCCUAGGUUCUGUGAGCUCUAUGGAAGUGCUUCCAUAAGCUCGGCGAUGAUUCUUUCCGAGGGAGUGUACGACACAGUGAUCAACUGGAGCGGAGGGCUGCAUCAUGCUCACAAAAGCGUGCCCAGCGGAUUCUGCCAUGUAAAUGAUAUUGUCAUGGCCAUUCUUGAGCUGCUCAAGACGUAUAGAAAGGUGAUGUACAUCGACAUAGAUGUUCAUCAUGGUGAUGGAGUUGAGGAGGCGUUUCUAGAGUGCGACAGAGUUUUGAGUCUUUCGCUUCACAAGUACGGAGAUGGGUUUUUUCCAGAGACUGGAACACUAAUUACUACGCCGCACAGAGCUGUGAAUGUGCCUCUUCUGUCGGGCAUUGAUGAUGCAAGCUACAAAUAUGUUUUUGAGCCGAUUAUUGAUGCAUGCACAAGGAAGUUUGCACCGGAUGUGAUUGUGCUGCAGUGUGGAGCAGACUCGCUUGGCGGAGAUAGGCUAGGAUGCUUCAAUCUUUCGAUAGGAGGGCAUGCAUCAUGCGUAAGGUAUGUGAAAUCGCUUGGGAUUCCGUUGCUUGUUCUUGGAGGAGGAGGAUACACCUUGACGAAUGUUGCAAGGUGCUGGGCAUAUGAAACGGCGGUUCUGUGUGGAGAGGAUCCUGCAUCCGAGAUCCCAGAGGACAAUCCGUUCUAUACAUACUUUAGCCCCACAUAUACGCUUGACCCUGUGCUCAGAAGGAAGUACUUGAACAGGAAUGAUAAGGAGUAUCUGGACACGGUUAUGAGCUUUGUGCUUGACAAGGUAGGCAAGUUUUGA